UCACCAUGGGUAGAUUUGACUCAAAGUAUGCCAUCAUUUUGGGACGCUGAAAUAGAUAAGGUCGACUAUUUUCCUAAACCAUUAGGCUUCCACAAAAUUGUAUCUUCUUCACAUGCCAAAGAAGAAUAUAUUGCCAAUGCUGAGGCUCUAGCUGACAAAAUUGCUCAAAAGAAACCUAAAAUCGUUGGCCAUCCUUCUUUCAUAGAAGUACCUCGUUUCCAAUUUUAUUGUGCUAAUGAAGCAUUGGCAAUUCCUUACAUUAGUCCUAUGCUUGCAGAAUCUUUGGGUGAUUUACCGCCUAUUUUAUGUCAAGUUGGAGGACAUGAAAAACUUCAUGAUGAAGCAAUCUUAUUUAGCCUUAAAGCCGCAAGCCCUCGCGAAUAUCAAUUGCCUUCAUAUGCAACUAAAAAUUUUGAAAACUCACCUUUCAAAAAUCCUACUAAAGUUAUACUUGAAGUUUAUGAUGAUAUGCCUCACGCCUGGCACAUAUUUUCAUUUUCCAAACCUUCUCAAAUAGCACUUGAACGUUGUUGUGAUUUUAUAAAGCGUAUAACAUUUGUAAGAGAUAACAAUGCCUCCAUGAUUGACCUUCUUCAAGAAGAGAUAAUUUCUCAUUCCCAAUCACAUUCAUUUGUUGCAAUGAGAAUUAAUAAAAAUGGAGAGACCAGAGAUUUGGAUGAAACAGAUCGAAAUUGUUUGAAAUGGGAUAAAAUUGGCGUAGUGCCCAAG